UAAUUUCACUUAUUUCCCCGGUUUUGUGUAAGUCUUAUACCUAGUUUGGAGGGUAAACACAUACCAAUUGACAACACUGAUAAACAAUUGAAGAGCGCAAAACGCCGCAAAGAAUGCCGUAGUCCCCUUGAAUAAGUACGAAUAAGUGCUGGUAAGAGGUGGGUUUACGAUUGUUGUGAUGAAAGUGCCCCAGCGUCUAUGGGUACAAGUGGUGUGCAGAUUUAGCACAUGAAAUGGGAAGUUUGUUGACACAAGCGACUCCGUAAACAUCAAGAUAGCGUCAAUCUUCGAAACAUUUUUAGUUGUAAUGAUAUCUGGGAAAAUUUAGAAAUUAUGUCUGAUGAUGAAACUAGUAAGUUCAAGAGAAGGAAGUCUGGAACAACCCUAACUAAGACUGAGAUUGCUGAUCAUCAUUUAAGUAAAUUUGAAUAUUAUCUUCAAGAAAGGAACUUCGGCCAAAGCUUUUCAAGUUUGUCCUCUGCCCUAUCUGCUUUGCCAAGCCUUAAGGAAGCUUAUUAUUCAUCAUUUUUGGAAGUUUUUGAGCCAUGGAGUACUGCUGUUGAAGAGGACCAUGGUUUCCAAGAGGCUGUAAAGUUGUACAAAGUAGCUCUGAAGCUUUAUCCAGAAUCCCCAGAUGUAAAUUAUCUGCUUGCAAAAAUUUUGUACAGACAUGGAAGCAUAUAUGAAGCUUGGAGUUGUGCUUGCUUGUCCCAUAGUGAGUGUACUCAAGAUCCUAAUGCCCAGGAAACUCGUGGUCGCCUGGCAAAUGCCCUCAUUAAUAGGUGGCAUUUGCCAAUGCUGAAUGAUAUUCAAAGGAACCAUUCUUUUAAAUGUGCAAUUGAAGCAGCUAUUAAGGAAGGUUACAAUGAGGUGCUUGACAUAGGUUCAGGCACGAACUUGCUGAGCCUUUAUGCAAAGCGGGCAGGUGCAAAGAUUGUGUAUGGAUGUGAAACUGAUAAUUUCAUGUAUGAGAUAGGAAAUGAUGUCCUCAAGUUGAAUGGUGCAACAGAGGGAAUAAAAAUUUUCAACCUUCACAGCCACAAUAUAAGUAUACCUUCAGAUAUUCCAGAGAGAGUAUCACUAGUGGUGAGUGAGACCUUGGAUGCUGGGUUGCUUGGAGAACAUAUCCUUUCCACACUGCAGCAUGCUUGGACCCAUCUUCUUUUACCACCCCCACCUACUUUGCAGAAAAGUGAUCUGAAGCAGGAAAGCACAUCUCAAGAUUUAUCUGUUGAAUCCCUCAUAAAAUAUGGGAAAGUUAUUCCAUCAAGUGCUGAAGUGUUUGCAGCUCUUAUUAGCAGCAAGUACAUUGCUAAUUGCACUAAACUAGAUGACCCAGCACUCAUCAAGUACUUUAAAAACAAACAAGUUUUGUUGAAGCUAGACGAACCAUACAUGUCUGAAAAACUGAAUAAUAUUCCUGGUGGUUUCAAGAUGUUAUCAGAAUGGACACCAGUAACCAAAGUAGAUUUUAAUUCUCCAAGCAGUAUUGAUAUGCAUCUCAAAGGAUUAGUAAACCAAACUUUGGAAUUAAAAUGUACAUCUGAAGGAACUGUUGAUGUUUUGGCGCUUGCAUUCAAACUGAAUGUAGAUGACAGUUGUCAUGUCAUUAGUACAUUCCCAGAAUCUUGUGCUGCUGCCUGGGAAAAUGCAUUGUAUCCUGUGCCAACUAAUAAAUCUCUUAAAGUUAAUGACAUUGUAAAGGUUGACUUCAGUUGUCGUGGUGGUAUUAUAGAGCUUAGUGUCCUGUCAGAUUCUGCAUUGGGUCAAAAUAUGAAAGAAAAUAUCUUUUUAUCUCCAAGUGCCCUAAACUUUUUAACCCGAAAAAAUUUUGUGAGUAACUUUUUACUUGGAGCCAAAGAAGCUGCAGUAAGGAUGAGACAUUUAUUCAAAACUACCCAUUCUUAUGUGAUAUGUGAUAUUAGUCCAUUUCCUAUUGCUGGUCUUUUGGUCAUGUCCAUGUUUCCUAAUUCUAAGCUUUUUGUAGAAGAAGAAAGCAUCUCAGAAGUCCUUAAGGAGAUUGGAAUAAGUUCUAAAUUAACUGAUGAUCUUGAAGAAGAGGUGAAUCUUCUUUUUCUAUGGCCAGUCACAAAAGAAGGAACUUUACAAGACGGCAUUAUCAAGAAGAUUUUAAUGUACAGGUUGAUGAUGGCAGAAGAUGGUAUAGUUUUCCCCGAGCAACUAGAUUUAGUGGUGGAUGCUAUCAAUUCUCCUGAUUUUGCAGCCAUGACUCAAGUGGAUGACUCCAACACCUUUGGUGUAAAGGUUGCAGAGGUGUUCAAUAUUGCAAAGACAACUCAUCACGUGGAUGUUCACUUGGAUAGCCUACCUCACACUUCUGUAAUCCCACAACCAUUACACAUGUUACAGCUAUCACUUCUGACGGGAGAUAUAGAACCCUUACAAAAACUUUGCAAGGAUGCUGAUAAAGAAGAGUUAUUAAUACUUGGAGGUGAUAUUGUGACUGUCCUUGCCAAUACAACAGCAAUUCAGACCUCUGUUCAUCAUGCAAUACCUUAUUGGUUUAUAAUAAGAGGGGGCAAAAAAUCUCAAUUUUCAUUUUGUACCAGAGAUGCAGAUUCCCCUUGUAAACAAAGCCUACUGGUGCCAGACAGGUUUUAUAAUAUAACUAAGGACAUUCCACUGGAUAUUAAAGUAAUAUGGCGUGAUGGAAUAUUUAGUGCACUGAUUCACACUGGAAGUGCUGACACUAAAUGCUACACCUGACCAUGUAGGACUAUUAAAGCUUUAUAAACUAAA